UCGAAAAAGUCGUCAACAACAGAGCCGCGAAAAUUCGGUACAAAAUUCUUGUUGCUCCCAACAAAAUUCCGAAAAUCUCGUUCAUACCGCAAAUUAAUAAUCACAAUGGCAUCUAAAGUUGUUGCCACUGCAACGGUGAGAGCAGUAAAGAGGAAACUACUCCCAACACGAGCGGCACUUACUUUGACACCAGCAGCUGUAAAUAGAGUAAAACAACUUCUAGAUGGUAAACCCGAGUAUGUUGGUCUUAAAGUUGGAGUGCGGCAGCGAGGAUGCAAUGGUUUAAGUUACACGCUUAAUUAUGCCACUGCGAAAGAUAAACUAGACGAAGAAGUGGUACAAGAUGGUGCUAAAGUGUUGAUUGACAAAAAAGCUCAACUUUCUCUGUUAGGCACUGAAAUGGAUUUUGUAGAGACCAAAUUGUCAGCGGAGUUUGUUUUCAACAAUCCCAACAUCAAGGGAACUUGUGGCUGCGGUGAAUCCUUCAACAUCUAGAUGUACUAGUCGUACUAAUCGUAGUGUUUAUCAAUACAUGAGAACGUCAGACAUAGCUUACUGUAUAAAUAGGAAUUUUGGAGCAACUGAUUUGCUUUGUUUGACCAUGUUGGCAAUUGCUGCUCUGAAUUGCAAAUGUCGAUAUUUUCUUAAUUGUAGCAGAAUAUCUUUCAAUGAUAACCUCAAAGAGAUUAUAAAUCUAUAUGGGGGCGUCUCAUACUUUCUGUAAUUAGCUACUUUGGGUAAUUAAAAAAAAUAUCAAUGCCAUUGGGGUUUUUAUUUGCUAGAGCACAGUUGCAAAUAUUUGUAAAUACAUGUAGUAUACUUAAAUAAAUAUUUCAAUAAAUUACAGUUGAACAAAAUGCACAGCAUUGAGAAAAUAAUAA